ACAGAAAGCUACUACAAAACUAUUGGCUUACAGUAAAACAUAUUUUUUCUCUCUUGAAAAAUACCAAAAUUUACAUGUCAAUAGUUUUUGCUUUUGAAACGAUAGCCAUAUGUCAGAUUAGUAAUGCGAUCUAAUACAAAAAUUAUGACAGUUUUUUUUAUAAACGAUUGUGUCAGGUUCCCGGAUGAUGUGUAUGACCGAAAAUGGUACCCGAUCUUCCAGAACUCAUGGACGCAAGUAACUACGAAUCUCAAUGUAAAUAUUAGCACUAUUUAUGAACUACCACAAAGCGUAAUGUCAACAGCCGCGACGCCGCUAAAUGCUAAUGCGACCUUGAACAUUACAUGGACAAUAGAGCCUCCUACUACACCAUUUUACUCCUACAUUCACUUUGCAGAGCUUCAAUCUCUAAGGGCCAAUGAUACAAGAGAAUUCAAUGUGACGUUGAAUGGGGAGUAUACAAUUGGACCUUAUAGUCCUAAACCGCUAAAAACCGAAACCAUACAAGACUUAAGCCCCGAGCAAUGUAAUGGAGGGGCGUGUAUUUUGCAGCUUGUGGAGACGCUGAAAUCAACUCUUCCGCCUUUACUUAAUGCUAUUGAGGCUUUCACUGUGAUUGAUUUCCCGCAAAUGGAGACAAAUGAAGAUGAUGUUACUGGUAUCAACGAUGUUCAAAACACUUAUGGAUUGAAUAGAAUCAGUUGGCAAGGAGAUCCAUGUGUCCCCAAACAGUAUUCGUGGGACGGUCUAAAUUGCAACAACUCAGAUAUCUCUAUACCACCAAUAAUCAUUUCCUUAGAUUUAUCUUCAAGUGGUUUAAAUGGGGUCAUUACACAAGGCAUUCAAAAUCUAACCCAUCUUCAAUACUUGGACUUGUCAGAUAAUAAUUUAACUGGUGAUAUACCUAAAUUUCUAGCUGACAUACAAUCACUCUUGGUUAUAAACUUAAGUGGUAAUAAUCUCACUGGAUCGGUGCCUCUCUCACUUCUUCAGAAGAAAGGAUUGAAAUUAAAUGUCGAAGGCAACCCUCAUCUUCUUUGCACAGAUGGUUUAUGUGUUAACAAAGGAGAUGGACAUAAGAAAAAGAGCAUCAUAGCACCAGUGGUCGCAUCAAUUGCUUCAAUAGCUAUUCUUAUAGGUGCAUUGGUUCUGUUUUUUGUUCUUAAAAAGAAAACGCAAUCAAAAGGGCCACCAGCAGCAUAUGUACAAGCGUCGAAUGGUAGAUCCCGUAGAUCUGCAGAACCAGCAAUAGUGACGAAGAAUAAACGGUUUACUUACUCUGAAGUUAUGCAAAUGACAAAUAACUUCCAAAGAGUGCUUGGGAAAGGAGGGUUUGGAAUUGUUUAUCAUGGUUUGGUGAAUGGUACUGAACAAGUAGCUAUUAAGAUACUCUCCCAUUCUUCAUCUCAAGGAUAUAAACAAUUCAAAGCUGAGGUAGAACUUCUUCUUAGAGUUCAUCACAAGAAUUUGGUAGGCCUUGUUGGAUACUGUGACGAAGGAGAGAACUUGGCUCUUAUAUAUGAAUACAUGGCCAAUGGAGAUUUAAAAGAACACAUGUCAGGAACACGAAACCACUUCAUUUUAAAUUGGGGAACUAGACUAAAAAUAGUCGUUGAAUCUGCCCAAGGACUUGAGUAUUUGCACAAUGGAUGCAAACCACUAAUGGUGCAUAGAGACAUCAAAACAACAAAUAUAUUGUUGAAUGAACAAUUUGAUGCCAAACUUGCUGAUUUUGGGCUCUCGAGAUCAUUCCCGAUUGAAGGUGAAACUCAUGUUUCAACAGCUGUUGCUGGAACUCCUGGAUAUCUCGAUCCCGAAUACUACAGAACAAAUUGGUUGACUGAAAAGAGUGAUGUUUAUAGUUUCGGAGUCGUAUUGUUAGAGAUCAUCACAAACCAACCCGUGAUAGACCCAAGACGUGAAAAGCCACAUAUAGCAGAAUGGGUUGGGGAAGUGCUUACAAAAGGAGACAUAAAAAAUAUAAUGGAUCCAAGUCUAAAUGGAGAUUAUGAUUCCACUUCUGUUUGGAAAGCUGUUGAGCUAGCGAUGUGUUGUCUUAAUCCUUCAUCAGCUAGAAGACCGAACAUGUCUCAAGUUGUUAUUGAAUUAAACGAGUGUUUGACAUCUGAAAAUUCAAGGGGAGGAGCGAUUCGAGACAUGGACUCAGAAGGUUCUAUAGAAGUAAGCUUGACCUUUGGUACCGAAGUGACCCCAUUGGCUCGGUAGUUUACAUGAAGAAUUCAGCUUCUUUUUGAAUUUUUGAAUGGUUUCUUCUAAACACCAUGUGAGAAUAAGUCAUCCACAUAUAACCAUACAAUGUUUUUCUAAGUUUUCUUACUCUCAAAAUUUUGUGUUCAGCUUGAGGUUAAUCGAGGUAUCCUAGUGGUUAAUCGAAGUAUACUUCUUCAGUGAUUUUUUCAAUUAAAACUAAUAAUUUUACAUAGUUAAUGCAAACUCCUUUUCAAUCCGAACGGUAUCAUGUUUUGAGAUUGCCGUUUUUUUUUUUUCCAUUUUCGUCCGUCUUGCUCUUGUAAAUGAGUAAAUCCAUUUUUGGCUCCCACUUUUUCCUUUUCUUAUGGUUUUUCGGGUGAACACGC